AUGGAUUUUUUCCAUAAAAUUGGCUCAAUUGGCUCAAAAAUUGGAGCAGAUGAAGUAAAAUACGAUUUAAACGCAACUAUACACUAUAUUUCAGCAAAACUAAAUGCAGAGGGUCAGUUAAAAGUGGUUGUAAAGCGCGGAGCUGACAAAAAAGAAGAAACCCAGGCAAUGCAAUACGAUGCAACCCAACAAAAAGCGAUUUUCGAGUACCCUGUGACGUUUUUCAUUACCAUGUACAGAAAAGGUGACAAAUUCGGCAAAAAAGAUCUCAGUUUUCGAAUGGUCGAUUUAUCGUCCAGCAAAAGAGGGUUAAAGAACGGCAAAGCCACUGUCGAGUUCCAAGAUCUCGCCUCCACAAAUGGAUCAAUUGUACGAAAAGAGUUCCCUUUAAAAGGCUGCACUGACAAAAAAGCAGUCAUUUGUAUAAGCAUCAGCCUGUCAGAAGCAAAAAAUAUCCGAAGCCAAUCAGCGUAUAUGGAUGAAAGACCAAAAGAUGGCAGAAAAUUCAGGGAGAGGCUUCCUACGUCAACUAAAAUUGUGAUGAGUCCUGAUCAGACUUCAAGGCACAACCAAAGAAAUGCAACUUUUGUUGCUACUGGAGAUUAUAUUAGCCACCAAAAAAUGCUUUCUUCUACUUUUGCGAUAGAUGAAACCUAUGAUGAAGAUAUGGGGGAAACCGUCAAGAGUGCAGGGAUCACUGAGAAAAUGCCUGAAAGUCCUUAUAGAACUAACUCAGUCAAUACUCAAGAAAGUGAAGAAGGCAACUCUGGGAGAAUUUUAGCUGAUCAGUAUUAUGAGCCUGAAGACAAGGGUGCACAGAAAAAGUUUAUAUAUAAAGCUGAGCCAAUUUCUGAUUUCGACGCUUAUGUGUAUCCAGCACUGCCUGAAGCUGAAAAGUUUGUAUAUCCUCAUCAGUCUCCAAAAAAUGCUGAAAUCAUAAAAACUGAUGAGCUGAAAGUAGAAGAAAUUGAAAACAUCCCUGAAAGCCAAGAAGGAGAUCAGGCGACAACAGCCUUUGAAGAAAAAAAGCCAAGAGAAGGCUUGACGAUUGAAAUUGAAGAGGAAGAGAGCGAGGAAGAUGAAGAUGAAGAAAUAAAAGAAGAGGAAAAAGAAGUCCAGCCGAAGGUUGAUUUGCCAUUGAUGUCCCCUAGGAGCUUGAUUUAUAAGAAUCUUGGGAUAUCAAAAGAAAAUAUCAUAAACCCGAAAGAUUCUCAUAUAGAGUCAGAGGCAUCCAGCUCAGAUGAAGAUUUUAUAGAAGUUGAUCAGGAGGAAUUAAUUAAAUGCCAGCUUCCACCAUUGAGGUUAGAGCUAGCUGUUGCGAAUGAGAAAAGCAAAGAAAAAGAGAUUAAAGAAAGAGAAAACGGCAAUGGGAUUGUUGAAAGCAGGAACGGGUCAUGCGCAAAAUGUAUUUUAUUUUAA